CUUUGUUCCAGUAGUAAACGGGCGUGUUUUCUCUCAUUUGAGUUAUUCCUGAGGAAGUGAGAACAUGGACUGAAGUUUGACAGGACUACACUACAGCUGAGCCACAGGGCUGCACUCAUAUACCUCAGGGAAUUAGGCGGAGAUGGAGGAUUUCUGGUCAGGGGCCCUCUGGGCUCUGAAGAUUUGGCUUUGCCUCAUUGUCUGCCUCAUCAUGAUCCCAGCCAUGUUUGGCUUCUCACUGGGCAUCUCUGAGACCUACAUGACCAUCCUGGUCAAAACUUUAGAGUGGGCCACUCUGAAGAUACAGAAGGCAAACGCAGAUGACAUACUGAAAGCUUCUGCAUCUAACGCAGGUCUCAUCGAGAGGGAAGAUGGCUCUAUGGAGAAAGAGUUAGAGGAACUUAGACGCAGUCGCCCCAAGCCACCAGUGGGUGGUGAUUUUACACUUAGUGACUGUUUUUAUUUCACCCGGAAAGGAAUCGAGAGCAUCGUGGAGGAUGAGGUGACCCAGAGGUUCUCAUCAGAGGAGCUGGUGUCCUGGAACUUACUCACUCGCACCAACAACGAUUUCCAGUACAUCAGUCUGAGGCUGACACUGGUUUACGGCCUCGGCAUCUUUGUGAGAUACUGCAUCCUCGCGCCGCUCAGGAUAUUACUGGCCUGCAUUGGUUUGAGCUGGCUGGUAAUAGGAACAUCUACAGUUGGAUUACUUCCAAAUUCAAAGAUUAAGUCUUGGCUGAGUGAAUGGGUCCAUGUCAUGUGCUACAGAAUCUGUGCUCGAGGACUCUCUGCCACUAUCUGCUAUCACAACAGGGAAAAUAAACCCAAAAAAGGAGGACUCUGUGUCGCUAAUCACACCUCUCCUAUCGACAUUGUGAUUCUCUGCAACGACGGGUGUUAUGCUAUGGUGGGUCAGGUCCAUGGAGGGCUGAUGGGAGUUGUUCAGAGAGCCAUGGUGAGGUCCUGUCCUCAUGUCUGGUUUGAGAGAGCAGAGAUGAAAGAUCGCCACCUAGUGACCAAAAGGUUGAAGGAUCAUGUGAAUGACAAGACAAAGCUUCCCAUAUUAAUAUUUCCAGAGGGAACCUGUGUCAACAACACAUCCGUCAUGAUGUUUAAAAAGGGAAGUUUUGAAAUUGGAGCAACUAUAUAUCCAGUAGCCAUUAAGUAUGACCCAAAGUUUGGAGAUGCUUUCUGGAACAGUUCCAAGUACAGCAUGGUUAAUUACCUGCUGAGGAUGAUGACCAGCUGGGCCCUUGUCUGUAAUGUCUGGUACCUACCAGCCAUGCACCAGCAGGAGGGGGAAGACGCUGUCCAGUUUGCCAACAGAGUGAAGUCAGCCAUCGCUCACCAGGGAGGGCUGGUAGAUCUGCAGUGGGACGGAGGCCUGAAGAGAGCAAAGGUGAAGGAGACGUUUAAAGAGCAGCAGCAGAAGAUGUACAGCAGCAUGGUGGUGGGAGACGACAGCAGCAGCAACAGUGACUGAGACCCACCAACAGGUGUGACGGACAAACCCCCUGCCCUGUUCGUGGAGGAUUCACACUGGAAGCAAGCCUCUCUCCUCUAACAUGCUCUCAUUAGCUGGACCUGAUAUGAAAUACAGCACUGACAAGUGGACUUCAAUGAACACUGUGAAAAACUUUGGUACAGCUAAAAGGAGGAGAGUCUUAGUGAUUACAAGAAAAUCCAAGUGCAAUAUCGACCUUUAUGAGGAAAAGACUGACUGUAAAAAGGGAAAGCUCUUUGUUUUUAUUGCUGCUUUAAGAUAUCUACUGUUAGGAUUGAGUAUUAAUGCUGAGAAAAUGCCCUGAAUGAAAUGUGUGACUGCAGACAAGCUACUGGGUAGACAAACUGGAUUCAUGAAUGUCUCUAUUCUCACAGUCAGCUGCCUCAUUCAUGGGCUGCUCAUUGUUUUUAAAAAAAAAUAAAUUUUAGUUUAUGAAUUGAA